AUUAUCAUGGUAAAACACAAUCCAAUUGAACAACAUAAAUAGAUGUUAUACUAACACCAGCUGCUUCAUUCACCAAACCAUCUUCAAUCUUCCCUACUCUACUUUUUCUUCUCCUGAUAUUGAAAAUUCCCACAAUCUUACCACCAUGCCUCACCCAAUCAUGCUCUUUAAGAAACCUUUGAAGCCUACUGAUAUCACCAAGAGACUAGCUAUCCGGACAAAGAGUCUCGAAUCCCUUCCACAUUUCAACGGAGGCCAUGCUGUAAGAUUGAAAGUUUUGUACGAGGGAAGGGGUUGGCCAAUGGUAUGCAGCACUAGGAAACAGGGGCACAAAAAACCUGUUCUCUCUAAUGGUUGGAUUCCCUUUGUUCGCGAGAACCACUUGAAAGUUGGUGAUGUAGUGACCCUCUACAAGGAGGGAGAUGAAGCAGGAUUACAAUACAGGAUAGAGGUGGACAGAGCAACCAGGGUGCCUUCACCUAAUGGAAAUUUGGGGGUCCAAACGCCUUACAAGACUAAAAAGAAAACAGGAUUCAAGCUGGUAGAUAAAGCAUUAUUCAAUAGUUCUAAGAAGAUAAAUUUAGGAUUGGUCAGCGGUCCAAGGGAAAUUGUUCUGAAUUUAGAUUUGACUCUAGCACCGCCAGGGAAGUUACCAAGCUAGAAAAGACGGUAGGGAAUCAAUAUAUUUCUACUUUCUAGCUUGAUUUGUUUUUUUGUAAGAGUUCUUAGGAGAGCAAGGAACUAUCACAUAUUUAGGUUUAAUGGUGAAGGAAGAGGAAUUCCUGGGGGCUCAAUCCUACCACUUAAGGCGUAAAAAAUCACCAUUUCAUAG